AUGACACGUUUUUUCGCUUUACGAACUAAUUUUCAUAUAAUUGACAACAACAGUAUAAGUAAAGAAAAUAAAGAUAAAUUCAUCAAAGUGAGACCAUUAUUUGAUGCAGUGUUAAAAAAAUGUAAUAGCCUACCUUUAGAACAGGACCUUUGUGUUGAUGAACAGAUGGUUCCUUUCAAAGGCCAACUCUCGAUCAAACAAUAUAUGAAAGGAAAGCCUAUUAAAUGGGGGGUCAACAUUUUUUUAUUGUGCGGAGGUAAGAGUGGAAUGGCUUAUAAUUUUAUGCUAUUUCAGGAAUAUUCAGAAUUAGACAGUAACUUGGUAAAAUCGGUAGGCUCUGGUGGUAGUGUUGUGUUACAUUUAACACAAAAUGUUCCUCCGAACCGCCAUUUUUUGUAUUUUGAUAAUUAUUUUUCGUCAUUUGGAUUAUUUGAGAGAUUGCAACAGUUGAACAUUUACGCGGUUGGUACAAUUAGAUCAAAUUGGUUUGCACAACCACCAUUUUUAAGUGACAAACAAAUGCGGAAAAUGGGUAGAGGCACUGCAUUUGAAGUUACCACAGAUAUGAAUCAUUGUAAUAUAGGACUUGUAAAAUGGUUUGAUAAUAAAGCAGUUACUCUUGGUUUUAAUUACGUAACAUCUGGGGAUGUUGACAAAGUUGAGCGUUGGGACAAAAAGAAAAAGGCAUAUGUAGAAAUCGAAAGACCAGAAAUUGUGAGAAAAUAUAAUGAAUCAAUGGGCGGUGUUGACAAAAUGGAUCAGUUGAUCAGUUACUAUCGUAUUUUAAUUAGAUCGCGAAAAUGGACAUUACGAAUGGCUAUGCAUGCAUUCGAUAUUGCCAUUACAAACAGUUGGAUUCAAUAUACCAAAGAGGCUGAGCAGUUAAAUAUCCCUAAAAAAAAUGUAUUAGAUUUAUUACAUUUUAGAAUAAAUUUAGCGAAAGAUUUAAUAACUUUCGAAAAGCCAAUAACACUAAAACGUAAAGGACGUCCGUUGUCAACCCCAUCAAACGAAUCAGUAAAUGAACCAUCUCAAACGUAUAAAAUACCAAAAGUAGACUCUCAAAGACCCACAGAUGCAGUUAGAACAGAUACUAUUGACCAUCUACCAGAAUUCGAUGAUAGGAAAUAUGCCACAAAAUGUAAAAACAAAAAGUGCGAAGGACGAAGAACCCACGUAUAUUGUUUAAAGUGCAAUGUCCAUCUUUGUCUGGACAAAAAAAAGUAA